GCCGGACAAGAUUCCUCGCCGUUAGCAAACGCUCCGGGUUUCUUCACAUACGCUGAUCACUUCCACCUUAGCUUCCUGAUCAGAAGAAACUCCUAAACGGAGAGGAUUACUGAAGAUAUAAUAACGAGCGGCUCAUCGCUACGGAGAGACUGAAAUAACUAAAGAAUAUAACAGAUCACAAGAACGAGGAUCCUGGCGGUAUCUGUGGCACGUAAUAUAUUUCGUUGCCGGACCAUAAAGGGACGAAAAUGAAAGACCGACUUCAAGAAUUCAUCCAGAAAGCGAAAGAAUUAGAAUUGUCAAAAGAAACAGAGCCCCCCGUGGAGGAUCUCAACGAACCGGCGGAGAUCAAGCAGCAAGCGGUUAUUUUUGAGAAAGAACCCAUUAUAGAAAGUUAUUUGGACGAAGUCCAGAAAAUCCAAAAAGAUAUCGUUGAACUUUCCGAAAACGUCCAAAGGUUUGGGCAGCAGCAGAAAGUCCUCGUGUCGUCCAUGAGGCGAUUCAGCGUUUUGAAGAAGGACUGCAGUGUUACGAGAGACAUCAAAACCCAAGCGGAGAACAUCAAGAAGCGGUUGGAUGCGUUAUUGCAGCGCGCAAAUAAAGCGGAAGCGGACAACGGAUCGUCGUCGAGUCUCGCGAGGAUUCUUAGGACCCAACAUGCGGCGCUUUGCAAAAACUUUCACAACAUUAUGCUGCGAUAUAACGAGACUAUCGCCAGCAAGCAGGCCAAGUGUAAAACGUUCAUCAUACGGCAGCUCGAGGUGGCCGGGAAAGACGUCUCCGAGGAGGAGGUGGACAAGAUGCUGGAACAGGGCAAGUGGGACAUCUUCAACGAGAACCUGAUCACCGAGGUCAAGAUCACCAAGGUGAAGUUAUCAGAGAUUGAACAGCGGCACAAAGAGCUCGUGAACUUAGAGAAUCAGAUGAAAGAGUUAAAAGACUUGUUUUUCCAGAUUUCCCUCUUAGUAGAAGAACAGGGAGAAAUGAUAGAGAAUAUUGAAAUUGCUACGAAAAAUACAGAAGACCACGUCCAAAAGACUAAUGAGAAAUUUAGGCUGGCUGUGAAAUAUAAAAAGAAAAAUCCAUGCAGAUUACUAUGCUGCUGUUGUCCUUGUUGCUAA